CCGCACUCGGUCUUCUGCUUCGCUUGGGACAAAAUGUGUCACUCCCGCAGCUCCCUUCCCACCAUGACCGUCCUGCGAUCCCCGACCUCCGUCCCUUCCACCAGCCCGGGGCCCAGGCGGGGCUCCGGUCCCGAGAUCUUCACCUUCGACCCUCUCCCGGAGCCCGCCACGGCCCCCGCCAAGCGCCCUAGCGCCUUCCGUGGGCACCGAAAGCGCAGCCGCAGGGUCCUCUACCCGCGAGUGGUCCGGCGCCAACUGCCCGCUGAGGAUCCGAACCCUGCCAAAAGGCUCCUCUUUCUUCUGCUCACCGUCAUCUUCUGCCAGAUCCUGAUGGCUGAAGAGGGUGUGCCGGCACCUCUGGCCCCGGAGGUCGCCCCCAGCGCCGCGGCCCCCGCGCCUACCCCUGCGUCCCCGGUCCUCGAGCCCCUUAAUGUGACCUCGGAGCCCUCGGACUACUCUCUAGACCUCAGCACGUUUCUCCAGCAACACCCGGCCGCCUUUUAACCGCGACUCCCCACACUCCCGUAAAAGAACCUGAAAAAUUAAAGAAACACCAGGUGUACCUGGUGCGCGAGAGCGUAUCCCAAACUGGGAGUCCCGAGGCAACUCAGACUCAGAGCAAACACUACAGCGGAGACGACAGCCCGCGCCUAGGAGGAGGCAAGCGCGACACGCCAGGGCUGGGCCGGGCGGAGAAGGAGAGCGGCGUUAAUUUAUUUCUCAGUGCUCCUCAUUAAUAUUUAUAUGUAUUUAUGUAUGUCCCCCCUAGGUGAUGGAGGGGUGUAUGUAAUAUUUAUUUUAACUUAUGCAAGGGAGCGAGAUGCGCUCUCUUGCUGCAAGUGCAGAUCUCUCGGUAUUUAUUGAGCUUUAUGGGAUUGAUGGAGGCGGGGCGCCUAGAAAUGAGGGAAGCAGGGAGAGGGAAUGGAGAGGACCCGGGUCCGGGAGGGCCCCCGGGCUGAGAGUCAAGGCCGGUGGUGGGUCGCAGGUUUACGGUUGGCCCUUUUCGUCCUCCAGCAUCUCAACGCCGCGAGUCUACUGUGUGAGGCUUCGGCGGGCCGUUGGGAAUACGGUCUUUGGCCUUCGAGCCCUUCGAAGUUGCCCCCAAGGGGUGGCUGCGGGGUCGCGGGUCAGUGAGCUGUCAGGGGGCGGCUGUGGGGUCGCCCGGUAUGUUCUGUGAACACAAAUAAACUCGAUUAUUGUCCGCA